CGCAUAUUGGUUGAUGAGAUAAGAUCUCGCAGCGCUCAUUGGCCGGAGUCGAUGUCAAUCAUUAGAGAGGCGUGAAGCUGAUUGGUCGAGGAUAUACAUCACUCAAUUCCUAGAUGAAGAAAGAUAAUAUAGUGAUGCUAUCAACCCUCACAAGGUAUAUAAACAAGAACCUACAGCCAUACGUUACUCACUGAUCUUCAGCUUCCAAGACUUCAGUGGUCCUUCUCCGCAGCUUACACCUCAACAUGGCCUUCACUGGAAAGUAUGAAGUUGAAUCCCAAGAGAACUAUGAAGCCUUCAUGAAACUUAUCGGAAUCCCCGAUGACAAAAUUGAAAAGGGAAAGAAUUUUAAAUACACCACAGAAAUCGUCCAGAACGGGAAUGAGUUCUCCUGGUCUCAAAUCUAUCCAGGACACACAACCACCAACAAGUUUGUUCUUGGCCAAGAGUCGGAAUUGCAUUCCAUGGCUGGCAAGACGUUUAAGACAACCAUAAGAUCGGACGGUGGUAAGAUCGUUGUGGAUUUCCCCAACUACCAUCAUACUUCAGAGAUUGCUGGGGGGAAACUUGUUGAGACCUCAGUGGCUGGAGGAGUCACCUUCAAGAGGAUCAGUAAGAAAGUGGCAUAAAACUUCAGUUUUCUUCUAGCUCUUUCUACCAUUUUCAAAGAAUAAAGUCACUUUGCAUGAUGA